AUGCCAUUCUCUCAUCACAGCCAUUCAGGCCAAUUCUGCCCCGGCCAUGCUAAAGACUCACUGGAAGAUGUGAUCCAAACUGCCAUCAGCAAGAAGAUGCAAGUCUUCUGUCUGACAGAACAUAUGCCCCGCCAUAAAGAAGAUUUCUACCCCGAGGAAAUCAAAUGUGGCGAGACAGAAGAAUCCCACGCAGAAAAUGAAGCCGCCUACUGGGCCGAAGCAGUCCGUCUUCGUGAGAAAUACGCCUCCCAGAUCGAUAUCAUCAUCGGCUUCGAGAUCGACUGGAUUCGACCCACCUCGAGAGAAUUGAUCGAACGAUCCCUUUCAAGAUUCCCAUUUGAAUUCUUCAUUGGCUCCGUUCACCACAUGCACACUGUGCCAAUUGACUAUGACCGGCCGAUGUAUGAGCAGGCUCGGGAAUUAGCUGGCGGGACGGACGAGCGCUUAUUCGAGGACUACUUCGAUGCUCAGUUUGAUAUGUUGCAGCAACUGCGGCCGCUUGUCGUGGGUCACUUUGAUUUGAUUCGUCUCAAGAGUGAUGAUAUGGAGCGCAGCUUUACUGCCUGGCCUGGUGUCUGGGGUAAGAUCUUGCGGAACUUGGAUCUUAUUGCCUCGUACGGCGGUAUGCUGGAGCUCAACUCGGCUGCGCUUCGCAAGGGAAUGUCUGAGCCAUAUCCUAAAGCGGAGAUUUGCAAGGAAUUUAUGGCGCGCGGCGGUCGCUUCUGUCUGUCUGAUGAUAGCCACGGUGUUGACCAAGUCGCUUUGAACUUCCGCCCUGUGCUUGAGUUCUUAGGUCGCGCCGGUAUUUCGACCCUGCAUUAUCUACAAUUGAAGUCGGGGUCGUCACCAUCGCCUGAUCCUCGAUUCCCUAAGACACAGAUUGCGGCUAUCUCGGUGGAGGAGCUGGGGAAAUUGGCAUUUUGGUCAUAG